AAAUCUUAAGUCAAGGGGUUUUGAGAAUAAAAAUGGAGGUGGAGAAUAUGAAGGGGGGUUUAAGAUCCAGAAGUUAUAAUCUUGGGAUUAAAAGAAUCAAAGUAAGAGAAGAAAAUGGCGAGGAAGAGGAGCCUUUGAGUCCCAUGACUCGUAUGUUCCAUCAGCCUGAAUCUAACAUAUAUAUCGUUAUUAUUGUGGGUUAUAAGAGACUCAUCGACCCAGACGCUUACAAAACAAAUUUGACGGAGACUUUUCUUAAGCAUCCUCGUUUCUCUUGCUUGCAGGUUGCAGAUGAGAAGAGUGGUGGGGAGGUGAAAUGGGUGAAAACAAAUGUAGACAUAAAUCAACAUGUUAAAGUCCCCAUGGUUGAUCCAUACAUGGCCUCCCCUGAUAAGUUUGUUGAAGAUUACGUUGCCAACCUUAGCAAGACCCGGAUGAGCAUGUCCCUUCCUAUGUGGGAUUUCCAUAUUUUAAACCUCAAAACCUCUGAUGCUGAAUCCACCGUGGUCGUUCGAGUUCAUCACUCCCUUGCCGAUGGAACAUCUCUCAUGGCACUCCUACUCUCUUGCUCUGACGCAUUGCCAAGUUUUCCGGCAAUGAAGAAGAAACCGAUAUCCCGCGGGGCCGGCUGGUUUCCGAUUUGGUUUUGGAAAUCUUGGUCUGUUUUGUUAUUAAUGUGGAACACUUUGGUUGAUAUAUGGAUGUGUGUGGCCACAACCUACUUCUUGAAAGACACACAAACACCCCUCAAAGCACCCUCCAGUGAUGUUGCUUUCACUCCACGGAGAAUUGUGCGUCGAACUUUCUCUUUGGACGAUGUCAAAUUGGUGAAGACUGCAACCCACACGACGGUGAAUGACGUGGUGCUAGCAAUGACACAGGCAGGCUUAUCUCGCUAUCUAAACCGAAAAUAUGGCCAAGCUAAGAGUGAUGGAGAAGCAAGGGAAUCAUGUGAAAACAACCUUCCCAACAAUAUUCGUCUUACAGCGACUCUUUUCAUCAAUUUGAGAACAUCACCAGGGAUUUAUGCCUUAGAAGAAAUGGUGAAGAAGAACAGCAAAGAGGAGUGGGGGAACAAGAUAGGCUAUGUUCUCUACCCUUUUAAAAUUGAAUUGAAAGAUAACCCAUUGGAUUACAUUCGUGAUGCCAAAGCAAAAAUUGAUAGAAAAAAAGCUACUCUUGAAGCUAAAUUCAGACUGUUUCUGGCUAAGGUUUUUGUGAGGUUUUAUCCUACCAAACUGGCCAAGUUCCCAUCAACAACUAUGUGGUUUUCCAAUGUGGCGGGGCCUCAGGAGCCAAUUAGCAUUUUUGGGAAUCAAGUGGCCUUCAUCGCUCCAUCGAUAUAUGGUCAACCAGUGGCGCUCACAAUUCAUGUCGUUAGCUAUGUGAACAAGAUGAGUAUGGUGCUAUCAGUUGAUGAGGACAUUAUUGCCGAUCCCUAUCAGUUGUGUGACGAUCUUGAAGAAGCUCUGAAGCUCAUUAAGAAUUGUGUCAUUGGUCAAGGUGUGAUAGAUAACUAAGAAUCGCCAUUAUCAGUUGCAGUAGUGGCCUGUGCCCGUAAUAAAGUUGCUUAAAUAUGUUUAGGAUGGCGUCUACGCUUUCUUUAUUAUUAUCUACUUGAUGUCGUGUUUAUGAACUAUAUUUACUGAAAGCUUGAAUUCCUGGGUAAGUGUAAUAUUACGGAAAAAAAAGUAUGCAAUUUUAUA